AUGGUCGAAUUUGGCCAAAUAUUCUUUUGCUGUCGAAUAGCUCGUCUGGGACCUUCUUUACCAGAGGUGGGCAGUGGGAAUUGCAGACGGAAUUUUCGAAUUACUUCAUCAUGGCAUUUGGUGAUGGGACUUAAGGUUGUACAAAUUGGCAAUGUUCUAAAGACUGUUAUCAUGCUUAAAUGGUCAAAAGAUAAAAAGGAAGAGCAACCCAGUGAUUGGCCAAAAUAUGCAGAGCAUCUGGAACAUUGUGUUGAAGAUGUACGGCGUGUAGCAAGCGAAACAUAUAGAGGUUUGGUACAACAUGUUCUUAUUAGUAAAAAAAACAAGAAAUACCCGGAACAGUCGUUGUCAACUGUUUUAAAGGAAGCGGUUGAUAAAUCGAAUGCAGACGAUCGGCUUUUUGUUUCUGUGACCCGUGAAGCCAGUAAAGCUCUAUCAGUCUUAGCUUCAUAUCAUCGGGAGCAUGAGAAUCGAGUGGAACGUCAAGUUGCUGACCCAUUGAAUCGUCUCGCAGAAGAAACUUGCGUUAAUAUUGCCAAAGAUAAACGUAGUCUGCAAAAAUGUCUGACUGAAGUGCGUAGUGCUCGUGGACAGUUGCAAAAGACAAUGCAAUGUAUUCAGACCAAUACAACACUAGGUUACCCUGGCUCUUCCAAUCCAUCUGUAACAAUAGAUGCUGUCAAUAGAAUUGGUCAAGCUCAACAUCAAUUGGAAGAAAAAGAGAGUGAACUAGAAUCUUCCAAAGAACAAUUACUUCGUGAUCUGUACACAUUUGCCGCUGACGAGGAAAGUCAUUCACAUCUUAUUCUUGAAUAUUUUCAACUGCAAGAAAGUUAUCUCUCAGAAAGUUUACAAUUAGUCCAAAAAGUGGUCGCUGAUUUGUCUCAAACUAUCAGACAACAAAAACGUCUCACCACAUUUGGACGACAUCUACCAGAUCAUUUAAGUGAAACCAAACGCUCCAUCGCCUAUGUUUUGGAUGUUUGCAUUAGUUAUUUGGAUCAAGAGUCUGUAAUGCAAGAAGAGGGUCUUUUUCGAAAAUCUGGAUCACAGAAGAGAACUGAUCUUUUGGUAAAAGCGUUGAAUAUUAUGCAAAUUGAUGAACAUCUCCUCAGAAAGUGUGACUCUGCUGUUGUUGCCGGUGCUUUGAAACAAUACCUUCUAAGUCUACCUGAACCUUUAAUCACAUAUGAAUUUGCUGACCAAUGGGCUGCUGCGUCUAAAAAACAGAAUCCUACUCCAGCCAAUAUCCAGUUGAUUCACUCCUGUUUGGAGAAGAUGCCUGCAGAUUUUCGUUUGAACUUGGGCUAUCUAAUGUGCUUUCUCUCCAGAUUAUCGAAUCAAUCUAAUGUGAACAAGAUGACUUCAGAUAAUUUGUCUAUUGUCAUUGCUCCUAAUAUGUAUCGAUUGUCUUCAGGUGCCACUAACACUGGGAGCAGUGUGAAUGGGAAUUUAACACGAUCAAAUGAAGAUGUGGGGAAGUCAUUGGAUUUCCUACAGAACAAUCGUCCAGCAAUUCAUUUAGUCGAUAUUCUCAUUCAGAAUGCUGAACAGUUGUUUGGACAAGAACAAGCUUGUUUUCGUCUGACUCAUGUUCCAUCUCAUUUGGUACCGAAAAUGUAUUUGAGUCGUGCAUCUUUGCCUUCAACAAAACUAACCACUUCUAUCACUGCUUCUCAUGGACUGGAAAAUACUAAUUCAUUCAAUGAACAAUCGUCUAUAAAUUCUAGCAACAAUAGUAGUGUUCAAAAGAGACCAGCUGUACCUGAUCGUGGUGAUGUUACCCUACCGAAUAGUCAUUUGACUACUUCGUCCAUGCCUUCAAGAAUGUCACUUCCCGGAAGCACUCCUGUACUCCAAAGGAAAAAGAAUGCUGCCCCUAAACCACCAGUUCCUACAUAUCCAGUUAAUUGUAUAUUCAUUCAUGUGAGCGACAAUGUACCAAAAGUGAAUCAGGUAGACUCACAAAAGUCUGACAAUUCUGUUGUACUUGAAUCAGAGAUUACCAACUCUACAAAUCCCUUUCCGGAAGCACCUACCCAUCGAGAAAAUCCUCCACAGCCUAAGGACAAUGCAAGUAACUCAACAGGGAUACCUUCCACAGAAAUAAAAACCACCGAUAGUAAUUGUCAUAAUUCAUCCCUACAGCCAACGACAACACCAGCAUCAGUUGCUAAUGAAUGCAAAAUCAGUAAAGAACCACCGAAAAGACCUCCACCCCCUGAUGUUAAUUCAAAGCAGAACAAUGCUGGUCCAGACUCAGAGACAGAAAACAUCACUGUUAUGUAG